CAUCGGGAAUUUAACCCACGGGGGCUAUUUUCAUUUCGUGCUCAGAAACCGCGUCCUCCUCCCACACGGCCAAGGGAGCACGGGGAGAAAGAAGAAAAGGAAACCAACCACCGCUGCUCCGGCCAAGGACGCACCCCGAGCUUGGCUGAUUCAGGGCGGGCGUUGGAUCGGUCUGGAGAACAGGAGAGGUCGUUUGUAGUACUAGAGCGGAGGAGAUGGCGGCUUCCACGAGGCCUGGGGAGAAGGCCAGCAGCUUCGCCGUGGCCUGCAGCCUGCUCAGCCGCUACGUCCGCCAGAACGGCGCCGCCGCGGCCGAGCUUAGCCUCGGAUUCAACAAAGUUUCAGGCGAGGCAGAGACGCAGAAGGAGGCGGCGACGAAGAGCUCUUUGCCCGUAGUGGAUGGUGAGGAGUCGGGGAGGAAGAAGGAGACCAUGGAGCUCUUCCCGCAGAGCGCCGGCUUGGGCGGCGUGCAGGAUGCUGCUACCCCUGAUGCUAUUGCCAGGGAGCAAGAGAAGCGUCAGCUGACCAUCUUCUAUGGUGGAAAGGUGCUCGUGUUCAACGAUUUUCCAGCUGACAUGGCAAAGAACUUGAUUCAGCUGGCUAGCAAGGGCAACCCUGUCGUUCAGAACACCACUGUGCCCACACCUGUUAUCGACAGCAACAAGGCCGAAACAGUUGUGCAGGCCCCUGCAAGUAGCUUGCCUGGUGCUCAGAAUGAUGCUCCUAAGCCUGCUCGUCCUAACGCUGCUGAUCUGCCUAUUGCUAGGAAGGCAUCACUUCACCGGUUCCUUGAGAAGAGGAAGGAUCGUCUUCAUGCAAGCGCACCAUAUCAAGCUUCUCCGUCAGAUGCAACACCUGUUAAGAAGGAGCCUGAGAAUCAGACAUGGCUUGGACUGGGGCCGAAUGCUGCCGCCAAACCUGAGCUUUAGCACUGAAUGCAGCAAAUGAGGCGGCAUGGCAGCUUAUGACUAUGUCCUACGCCCUUACAAGAUCUUUUCAGAAAUAUAAGAAAUGUGCUUGCUGUUAGUUCGUAUGAGAUCAUAAAUAUGUGCCCUUACCAUAUCAUGUUCUAGUGUAUCGUUUAGGUUGCAGUUCUAUGUAAUUCCUCUGUUACAUAGUUCCGAUGUAAAGAAAAGUAGCAAAUGAUGAUCAGUGCCAAGAGCCUGGAGAAGUUUUGGCAUGUUAACACAUGGUGGCACUGAUUUGGCCAUGCUAAGGAAAAGAUAGUACAAAGAAUACACAUAUGAAUCUUAUGUAAUUCUGAUCAUUUGGCAUUGUCUUUAGCCAUAUCCUUGAUCUUUAAAAUCAAGCAAUUGUAAUGGAUUCAGAUUAUAUUCAUGUUCCUAUUAUCAUAUGUUUACCUGGUUUUAUUCCCA